AAUCAACUUUCAGUUCAACUGUCUCAGUUUAGUUUGUCAAAACAGCUGCCGGCAAACGACAUCGUCCCCAAAAAGUGAAAAUGUAUCAACCUUGGUCACCUGGCCCAUCAGCACUCUUCGUCAUCGUUGUCCUGUCAACUGCUAGUGCAACCGUAUCAAAUGUCGAGCCAUUUCGGGUCCAAGAGAAGAAAACCCUUCAGCAGGACUAUGUGAACGGAAUACUCAAUCUGAAGAGCAGCAUGCUGACUAAGCGGCCAGAUAUCCCUAAUAGCAACGACCAUUCCGAGGAACACGGUAGAAGUCAUAAUAAGCAGGGGGCUGCUGCGGACACAAUCGGCUCCCGUGGCGAGUAUAUGAGACAGUUGCAGGACCAAAGUCUCGAGCAAAAGAAGCCAAAGAUUCAGGUUGACAAGAAUGUCAAUCUGAGGCAUUCUUGGCAAGCUGACAGACCCCUUGAUCUGUCCCAGAUGCAAUCGUUGCCAUCAUCGGCCGGGCUUGUUAGCUUUAAAAAGGAUCUACAGGAUCCGCAAUUUGUCCAGUCACCCUUCUCUCUAUAUCCGAUGCUCAAGAAAAGCAAAACCCCUGUCCAGCAACCAACAGCACAGCAAUUACAGAUGUUGCAACACUUAUCCGAGUUUUUCGAGCAACGCCACAAAAUGCAACGACCUGGCGUGAAACCUGCAGCUAAAGCUACAAAAACGGAUCAGAGCGAAAACCAGGAUGAAUGCGAUUCGGAGGCGACUACCGUGAGUGCUCCUAAGACCACAAAGGAACCGGAAACAUGCGAGGGUGAGGAAUCGGUAACAGUUAUUAUUAAGCCCGAAGGGACCACAAAGACCACAGCAGCUCCCGAAACAAGUACAAGUACGAAUCCCACAAAAUACACGAAGGCGCCCACCAAGUCAACUACAAAGCAUACUAAAUCCACUACCAAACGAUUGCCAUGUUGCACUAAGCCCAAAAGUCCUCGAGUCGUCGAACCUUUCACUGUCGGUAAGAUUACCGAAAAGGUCCAGAACAAUCACAAGGAGUCCGACUCCCUGAUGCAGCAACCUCGGUCCCAUAGAAAUGUGUUCCAUCCUGAAUUAAUGGUAAAAGCCUUUGGCGAUUUACUGAAAUACAAUGAGUUUAUUGCCAAUUCUGAUUACAAUGAUCAAGGACAGCAGAAAAGGAGACGUGUGAAAAGCGGCAGGGCUAAGAAGGCGGAUAGAGAACCGACCACUGCGAAUGCUGGAAAAGAAUAGGUUGGCUCAUGCAAAGAUUGAUCUCUUGGCCGAAAUAAUAAAAUCGCGCCAAAAAGGGGUUUAUAGUAAAGCUCAUAUAUCGAACAUAAAGGAUCAUGGAAUCCAGAGUCGUGUGGACAAGAACACCAAUAAGGUCGCUGAUGAACAACUUCGACCAAGUCGUACUCGAACCAAGGAGCAGUUUCUCGAUGCAGAGAUAAAGAUCGAAGGCGAUUUACCCAAAUAUAGCGAUAAAAUUAAAGCAGCUUCCAAUCCAAGUUCCGUUUCCAACAUAAAGGAUGAGGAAAAGCCCCUUCUGGAAUCUCCUUAUGUCGAUCUAAGGGACCCAGACAAGAAGUUUGAUAGUCGUGUCAAAAGGAACACCAAAAUUGCGGCGGAUGAGCAUCUGAAAACAUUUUCAACUUUCACCGAGGAAAGAUAUAAGUUGCUUCUUGCAGAAGCUGACCUAUAUGCCGCAGUAGCAAGAUCCCAGAGAAGGGCUAAAAAAGCAGCUUCCAUUUCCAAAUCAAAUGAUCAAGGACACCAGCUAGAAAGCCGUGCGAAAAAGAACAUUUAUCAGGCCGCUGAUGAACAUCUUGGAUCCAGUCGGACGCCAAGCAAGGAGCAUUUACUAGAAGCAGGGGUCUGGGCCGAUUUACCAAAAUAUCGCGAGAAGGUUAAAGCAGGUCAUAUUCCCAGUUCAAUUCCGAAUGAAGGUCUUCCAGGUCGUUUGAAAGUGAACUCAAAUAUGGCCGCGAAUGAACAUCUUGUACCAAGUCGGAUCAAAACCAAGGAGGACAAACUGAAUGCAGAGAUUAGGGUCUGGGCCGAUUUACAAAAACAUCGUGAGAUGAUUAAAGCUGCUUCUAAUUCAAGUUCAAUUUCCGGCAUAAAGGAACAGGAACAGCUCCAUACCGCUGGUCCUUAUUGCGACCUUAAGGAUCGAGAAAGAAAGUUAGAUAGCCGUGUAAAAAGGGAAACCAAUAAGGCCACUGAAGAGCCCUCCAAAAACGUUCAACUCUAAGCGAGGAGAAAUAUAAGAUGCUUCUGGCAGAGGCUGACCUCUAUGCCGCACUAGCAAGAUCGCAGAGAAGGGCCAAAAAUGCCAAUUCCAUUCCCACUCAAAUUUCCAACUUCAAGGAUCAAGCUCUGCAAUGCCGUGUGAAAAGGAACUCAAAUAUAGACGCGGAUGAGCAUCCAGUUUUAAGCAAGGAGAGGAAACUAGAAGCAGAGAUCAAGGUGUGGGAGGAUUUGGUAAAAUAUGGCAAACAGUUUAAUUCAGCAGCUAAUUCUAGUAAAAUUCCUAACUUGGAGGAUCAUGGAUUGCAGCCAGGGAAUCAAGUGAAAAGGAACAUAAAUAAGAAUAAGGAUGAGCAUCUGAAAACACGUUCAACUCUAAGCGAGGAGAGAUAUAAGUUGCUCCUGGCAGAGGCUGACCUUUAUGCCGCAGUAGCAAGAUCGCAGAGAAGGGCUCAAAAAGCAGCUUCCAUUUCAAGUUCCAUUUCAAACAUAAAUGAUCAAGAACUCCAACGAGAUAACCGUGUGAAAGGGAACUCAGAUAAGCCCAAGGUUGAACAUAUUCAACAAGGUGAAGCUCCAAACAACGAUCGUUUACGUGCAGCAGAGGUCAAGGUCUGGGCCGAUUUACCAAAAUAUCGCGAAAAGU